AUCGAGUACCGUGGUCCUGGCACUUGCCUCUGGCGGCUCCUCCUUUCUUCACCCUCUUCUGGGCCCGAUUUCCUCUCUUCCCAAGUCUCCGCCUUCCAGUUGCAUGAGUGGUAGGCUGUGGAGGUACACGUUCAUUGCCCCCUGCUCCUCAUCUCCAUCGUCGUCAAUCGCUCAGUAUUUCCGUUGUCAUCUUCAGAACGUGAUCGUGAGAGAGAGAGAGAGAGAGAGAGAGAGAGAGAGAGAGAGAGAGAGACCUCCCCCUCCACCCUCCUCCACCCUCCUCCUCCUCCUCCUGAGAGAGAGAGAGAGAGAGAGAGAGAGAGAGAGAGAGAGACAGAGGGGUCCCCUUCCACCCUCCUCCUCCUCCUGGGCGUCGUCGUCGUCAAUUGCUCAGAGUUUCCAUUGUCAUCUUCAGAUAGAUAGCUAGAGAGAGAGAGAGAGAGAGAGAGAGAGAGAGAUGGGGGGGAAUCGCGCAGCGGGGGUGGGUGGGAGUGCAUCACGUGGCAAUAAGAGGAAAGGAGGCGAGAGACUGAAGGAAUUGAAGAAAUUAGCAAGAAUAAAGAAAUCGAUGGGGAAGAGGGGGGAAGGGGUGGAUAGGAAGAGCGGAAGGGGGGUAGCAAUUGAACGAGAAGGGGUGCAAAAGACGAAGGGGGGGGUUAUGGUGAAGAAGAUGAUGACGACAACGAAGAAGAAGAAGAAGAAGGUGGACGGCGGUCACCGUGUAGGUUCGAGUUUGGCUAUGGCGGCGGAGAGAAAGAAGAAGAGAAAGAUGAACGAGGAAGGUAGCGUGGAGGAGGGGGAGGGGGAGGAGGAGAAGAAGGAGAAGAAGGUGAAGAAGAGGGAGGAAAGUGAAGAUGAUGAUGAUGCAGAAGAGAUGGGUCACAAGCUGCCCAAGGUGAAGAGGAGGAAGCGUCUUCUGCCCGUUCCUCCUCUCGAUGGGUCUUCUUCAAGAAAGGCAUUAUCAGAUUGGCUAUGGCAGUCUUAUCUGAUCCAUUUCGGGAAAGAAAUAUCUUCUCUGGAAAAAGAGGAAAUAGCAGAGGACCGGUUGGUGGAGCUGAGUCGGGACAAGGACAGGGCGGUUACAAACCUUGUGUGGCACCUGAAGAGAAUGUUUGGGAGCACGUGGGGAGAGGUGUUUGGGGAGGGAAAGGACCUCGCCCCAAAGACGAAGGGGGAUGGUGCGAGAGACGAGGGCAUCCCAGGUGGCAGUCCGGCGGUUCUGAUCAUUUGCAGCUCAGCCAUGCGAUGCGUCGAUGUCCUCAAGGCUUUGCGGGACUCUGUCGGGAAGCGGGGACCCCGACUCGCAAAGCUGUUUGCGAAGCAUCUCAAGGUGGAGGAUCAGGUGCAGCAAUUGAAGGACAGAGUUGAUAUCGCAGCAGGCACACCUGCCAGAUUGCAGAAGCUUGUAUCGGUUGGUGCUCUCGCUCUUGAUCGACUGAGAUACCUGAUUUUGGACAUGCACAGAGACGAGAAGACGUUUACGAUGUUUGACAUACGCGAAGUAAGGGACGAGUUCUGGAAUCUUUACCGAAGUUGCUUGCACCAAAGGGUCCUUCAGAAGCAAUUGCAGAUUUGCUUGUAUUAAACAGGACCCCGCUGAAGCUCUCGUGCAAACCGCUUUUCUAUGCGGAUCUUCCAUUCCGGAGAGUUGUAUGCUGCUGAUCUUCCAUUCUGAAAUCUUCUCGUCUCUUUCGGAGCUCUGUUGAACUGUCAUCAAGCAGCCGUACCAAUUGCUACCAUCCCGUUGACGAGUCACGAGCGUUCUUCGAACUCCGUGUAUUAUUCUACACUGGUGCAGUGAGCUUUCCUCCUCCUUCCAAACGGAGCAGCAGCAGCUGAGAGGGGUUCCCAGUGCGAAAAGGGCAAGCGUGGUUCGAGUAUAAGGUCUACGGACUCUUCGAUGGCAAAAUUCUGGCAGUGUUUUGACGAAACUUUAUAUACAGCACAUCACCUUUUUUCUCGAGCAGCGCACUGUGGGAACGGAUUGGGGAAUGGAUUCUCUUGUCCGAUUGCAGCCUGGUGGAUUUUUUGUCCGAAUGCAGCUGGUCCGGUUUUGCCGCAGCGUGAAUUGAUUCUUGUUCUCGAGCAGCUUGCUGUGUGAACGGAUUUCUUGUGACAGAAGAACCUUGUCGCCCUGCCAGUGUUUGUGUUUCACCUUGUAAGUCUCUGCCACACUGGGCCUCGCUCCACUACAGAACACUCUGCCAUGUAUCUGGAGGUGAUAACCAUCCCGGUACGUUUGAAAUAUUGGACUCUGACGAAUGCACCUGGUCCAGAAAGACAUCCAAAUGCAUGUGGAAUGUUGUUUGACUCCUACGAAUACACCUGGUCCAGAAAGGCAGCCAAAUGCAUGUAGAAACGGAGUUCACCCGGUCCAGAAAGGCAUCCAAAUGCAUGUAGAAACGUAAUUACUAGACUCCUCCAAAUGCACUUGGUCCGGAAAGGCAUCCAAAUGCAUGUAGAAUGUCGAAUAGUGGAGUGAGGCAUAGGCCCAAUGCCACCUUCUACUCUGUCACCCUUUCACCUUGUCGCCCUGUCAGCUUGUCAGUCUGCCAUAAUGGGCCUCCUCGCUCCACUACACAACACUCUAGAUGUAUCUGGAGCUCGUUAUCGUCCCGAUACAUUCAAAAUGUUGGACUCUGACGAAUGCACCUGGUCCAGAAAGACGUUCAAAUGCAUGUACAAUGUUUAGUAGUAGUGGAGCGAGGCGGGAUGUCACCUUUUCACCCUGUCACCUUGUCACUUUGCCACAGUGGGCCUCGCUCCAUGACACAACACUCCACAUGUGUCUGGAUCUCAUAACCGUCCGGAUUCAUUCCAAAAUUUGCACGCCUCCAAAUGCACCUGGUCCACAAAGGCAUCCAAAUGCAUGUAGAGUGUUGAGUUGGGAACUAGGCCCAAUGUCAUCUUUUCAUGUACCACCCUUUCACCCCGUCACCUUGUCAGUCUGUCACAAUGUCACUUUUCCACCUGUCACUCUCUCAUUCUGCGACUUUUUUAUUUCACUAUCAGUGUGUCACGUCACCUUCAGUGUGUCACGUCACCGGAUGGCAUGUGAUGCCACCUGUGACAAAGUGGAUAACGUAACGGGCACCCCCACUUU